AUGGGGGGUGUGCAUUUGACGAAAGCGAUGUCGGUGGCAUUGUUCGAGCGAUCUCACGAUCGACAAUUUGUAGUUGAUCUGGAAAACACGUUGGUGACGUUUAUGAGUGAUCCUGGCCACUCUUCGUACCAGUUAGGUCCGAUGAACUCGUAUUAUCGGUUGUUGGCUCACCAAUUGGCCGACUAUCACGGUCUCAAACACGCAUUGGCGAAAAACAACGACACAUGUGUGGUUUUUUCAAAGGGAGAAGAGUCGUUUGCUCGCGAUCUUGAUAGAAUAUUGCUGCAAAACGUUGAUCCCAAAGACGUAACGUGUCUAGAUCCGGUGCGGGAACCAAAUGGGUCGAGGAAUUCGAGAUCCGGGUGGAUACAGGGGAGUGGGACCCACAACACCGGAAAUGUGGUGAGAGUAGUUCCGGGUCACGUGCCUCCGUCGGAUUCUGGUCCUGCAACACCGCAAAAGUCUCGGUUUCCAGCAAUUGACGACGACGACGACUCGCCUCAACCUCAUCGCUUCGAAACAUCCAGAUACAGUUUCGAACAACAGGCGGAAAAACCGCGUCAGAAACAGCGGCGUUUUCAUAAAAGAUCACACUCGCUCGCAACACCACUACCACCACCUCCACCAGCGCCGGUAUAUUACCAGCCCCCAUUCACUUUGCCGGUCCCGUACAUGAUGUACAAUCCCUACCCCAUGAUGUACAUCCCGCCGGAGCAACAGUUCCCGCCUUAUUACCAGAACCCUAACGCAUUUCAUAUGAACCACUACGCAACUUUCGGUCCUGGAAUAGAACCACCACAGACGCUGGAGUCGUCCAGAAGUGAUAGCAGUGUUUUCUCUGGCAGAAAAUCUGAAUCCACUACCGAUAAUGGCGGGCAGGUGGAGAAGACGAGGUAA